UUAAAAAUGUAAUUUCUAACUUGCUCUUUUCCUAUAUAUACUCCGAGGAAGGAAGAACACAAACCAAGAUCUUUCUCCUUCUCAAUCUAGCUAGCUGUACCAUAUUUUCGAUUGUUUAUUUGCAACAUCACGCAUCUCUCUCUCUUCUUCCUUAGAAUGUCUGUUUCACAUCAAGAUGGGGUUGGGGCCUCGGAUUUCUCAAAUGGGUUCAUGAGAUUAAGGUUGAAGAGGAACAUGAGGGCACCAAGAAUGCGUUGGACAACUACUCUUCAUGCCCGUUUUAUCGAUGCUGCUGAGCUCCUUGGUGGCCAUGAAAGGGCUACUCCAAAGUCAGUUUUAGGGCUAAUGGACGUCAAAGAUCUAACACUUUCUCAUGUCAAGAGCCAUUUACAGAUGUAUCGAACUGUUAAGAUGAUCAACACUGACAAACCUGCAGCUUACUCAGAUGGAUUUGGAGAUAAAUUAGAUUUCUUGAACACAACACCAGCUAUGUCCAGUUGGGGUCGUAUUCCACUAUCUAAACUUUAAUUUGAUCAUCAACCAAGCAAUAAGCUUCAUCUCUGUACUAUGAAGACUUGAAAGCAUGCAACAGCUAAUGAGCUUGUCGAUGACUUUAAGGUCCCUCAAUUUGCUGCCUAUAUUACUUUAAUUUGUUGAAUAUAUAUAGUGUUAUGCUGAUGUGGGUUGAUGCCAAAAUGUAGCUAGGUUUUGUAAUGGAAUGUGAGGUGGUAGUCUAUAUUAUUUUGUUGAAUACAGUACGUGUUCGAUCUGUUGAUGUGGGUUGAUGCUAAAACUAAUGUGGCUAGGUUUUGUAAUGAGGGUGAGGGUGUUUUUUGUGACGAGUGUGGGGGUUCUUUGGUAAGAAACUUAUAUGUUAUGCUUAGAAACUUUGUAGUGAUGACAACUUUUAUUGUAAUUAAUGAACUUCUAUAUAUGCAGUAAUGAUGUUAUUUGGUUUGAGAA